AUGAGUUAUCCAUACCAUCAACAGCCUCCAAUGGAUAACAGGCAAUUAUCACCUGCACCUACAUAUCAAUCACAUCCGUCACCUUAUAAGCCUCAGCAACAAGUAUACAAUAGUAACGAUCAUUUAGAUUCUUAUUAUACAGAUAUACAUAGAGCUCCAUCACCUUCUGCGAAUGGUUAUAGUGGAGCACCCUCAUCUUCACCUUCCUUAGUAGGGUAUAACAACAACAACAAUAAUAAUUAUUACGAUCAAGGAUAUCAGCAGCCUUCGACACCAUUGGAUCCACACGCUGAAAUGUAUGGUCAACCAACUUCGAAUCAGUAUAAUCAUGAUUAUAACGGACAAGGAGGAGCAGGAGGAGGAAGUAUAGGUGUGGGAGAAGUGUUCAGAGGUCCUUCACCCAAUCGAAAUCUAGCUCCACAACCACAACAGCAAUUCUAUCAGCAACAAUCACAUCCACAAUCACAAUCGCAAGGUUAUCAACCUAGACCAUCGUUCUCAUCACAACAUUCAGAUUAUUAUCCUGAUGAGAGUAAAUCGUAUUCCUCAACAACAGCUUUCGCAUCUAAUCCCAGUCCACAGAAAUCAUGGGAAGUUGGAUCAGUCGUACCUGUUCCCUCUAUAUUUACUCAAUACGGAUCAUAUCCUCCAAGAUCAAUGUCUAAUACGCCAAUGUCGAACGUGAGCAAUGGAAACGGUCGGGGUGGUACGUCACAUUGGCAUCAAAUGAGAAACCAGCUUUUGGAGAGAAGAGUAGUUAAACAAAUCCCUUUACUUAAUGGUAAUUUGAUAAUGGAUGUCCCUGUACCGAAAGGUGUCAUGCCAUCUUCUUCAAAAGGUUUAGGUGUGAUGGAUGGUGAGAUGAAUAGUCUAAGAUAUUCAGCUGCUACUUGUGAUCCAGACGAAUUCAUGAGUAGGAAAUUCAACCUGAGACAGUAUUUAUAUGGCAGAAAAACGGAGCUUUUCAUCGUAAUGACAAUGUACAACGAAACCUCUGAUUUACUCCUUCGAACCCUAAAUUCAGUGAUAAAGAAUAUUGCUCAUUUGACAUCUCGUUCAAAGUCAAAAACGUGGGGUCCAGACGCAUGGAAAAAAGUCGUUGUUUGUAUCGUUGCGGAUGGACGAAAAGUGGUCGACCCCAGAGUUCUGAAAGUACUGCAACUGAUGGGUGUUUACGCCGAGGGAGUGAUGAAGGAUCAUGUCGCUGGUAAAGAGACUCAAGCGCACAUAUUUGAAUACACUUCGCAAGUUGUCGUGUCUGAUACUGGCGAAGUGGGGUUCGGAUCAACCCCUGUUCAGUUGUUAUUCUGCUUGAAGGAACAAAAUAAGAAAAAGCUCAACUCACACCGGUGGUUCUUCAAUGCAUUUGGGCCACUUAUCAAACCCAACGUAUGCGUAUUACUGGAUGUAGGAACCAAACCAACCGGCACAUCGAUAUAUGAACUGUAUAAAUGUUUCGAAAAACAUCCAAAUGUCGGAGGAGCAUGUGGAGAGAUAUUUGCUGAUACAGGUAAAUUUGGUAAAUAUCUAUUCAACCCAUUGGUAGCAGGCCAAAAUUUCGAAUAUAAAAUGUCAAAUAUAUUGGAUAAACCAUUCGAAUCUGUUUUUGGUUUGAUAUCAGUUUUACCAGGUGCCUUUUCAGCAUAUAGAUAUGCUGCCGUAUCAAAUCACCCAGAUGGUAAAGGUCCAUUGGCCGCUUAUUUCCAUGGUGAAAUGAUGAAUCUUCCAGGAGCAGAAGCCAGUAUCUUUGAUAGAAAUAAGUUCUUGGCUGAAGAUAGAAUUUUAGCUUUUGAGAUCGUCGUGAAAAAGAACGCGAAAUGGCGGUUACAGUAUGUUAAAUCUGCCAAAGCUGGAACAGACGUACCAUCUCGGGUACCUGAAUUCAUCUCACAAAGAAGAAGAUGGUUGAAUGGUUCCAUCUUCGCUGCUACUUAUGCGAUGGUAUGCUUUUGGAGGAUAUGGACUAGUGGACAUGGGUUUUUCAGGAAAAUCGCUUUGACUGUUUUGACUAUCUACAACCUAGUCAACCUCAUCUUUAAUUGGCUUUCGAUCUCCUCGUUCUAUCUUGCUUUCUUCUUCUUGAUCUCGUCUUCUAUAUCAGGCGGCUCGGAUCCCUUCGGUGGAGCUGGAGAUGAGAUUUUCCAAGUCUUCAACAAGGUUUACAUUGGUUUAAUCUUCAUAGUGUUGGUAUGCUCACUUGGAAACCGUCCGCAAGGUUCCAACUAUAUCUAUACUACCUGCAUAUUCAUGUUCGCCGUCUGCCAAGGUCUCUUACUGUACUGUGCUGGAUGGACGGUCUACCAAACUGUGCCUCAUACAGUAGAGGGAUGGAAAAAUGUUAGUGGGUUAUUCGCGAAUAAGACUUUCUUGGAUUUGGCAAUGUCUCUGAUGGCAACAUACGGCCUCUACCUGAUAUCUUCGAUACUCUACUUCGAACCAUGGCAUAUGAUUACCUCUUUCGUACAGUAUCUACUACUUUUACCUUCAUACGUGAACAUCUUACUCAUUUACGCAAUGUGUAAUUUACACGAUGUGAGUUGGGGUACAAAAGGUGAUAACGGAGCUUCGAAAGACUUGGGUUCAGCUAAGAAAGUAGAGAAAGAUGGUAAAGAGAUGGCAGAAGUCGCUCUUCCAACCAAACAAGAGGAUGUGGAAGCUCUGUGGCAACAAGCCAGAACUGAAUUAAGAGUACCCGCCAAAGAAAAACCUGAAAAGAGAAGUGCCGAAACUAAACGAGCAGAUGAUGAUAGGAAUUUCAGAACAAACGUUGUUCUCCUCUUUAUAGGAUCAAAUAUGCUUGUAAUACUCUUAUUCACUUCUUCAGCAUUUACGACUUGGGUAUCAACCCAUUUCACCUCUGCGACCAAUACGACUUUUAAUCCCUACUUGACAGUCAUCUUUUAUGCUGUUUUGGGCUUGUCAUUGUUGAGAUUCAUUGGUUGUGUGUUGUAUUUGGUUUUCAGGAUGUUUGGAUUUUAG